ACUCUUUGUCAAAAUAUGGGAGACCCUAAGUAUGCACUGCUUUUCAAGGAUGGAGACGUAACAAUUGGAGGACUUUUUUCAAUCCGCAGUAUAGAAAUAUUACCUUCAUUUGACUUUAUAGAAAAACCUCAGCUUCUAUCAUGCUCCAGUGUGAAUCUAAGAGAUUUCCGGAUGGCUCAAAUCAUGAUCUUUGCCAUUGAGGAGAUUAACAGAAGUAAAAGUUUGCUCCCAAAUGUUUCUAUUGGUUACAAAAUCUAUGAUAGCUGUGGUUCACGAAUGUCUUCUAUGAGUGCAACUAUGGCAUUGAUGAAUGGUCAGGAGUUUGCAGGAGGGGACAGAUGCAGUGGACAGUCACCUAUACAUGCUAUAAUAGGAGAAACUGAGUCUUCUGCCACAGUGAUUCUGUCCAGAACUACAGGACCUUUUAAAAUCCCAGUGAUAAGUCACUCAGCCACAUGUGAAUGUCUCAGCAAUAGGAAAGAUUACCCCUCUUUCUUCAGGACUAUUGCUAGUGAUUACCACCAGAGCAGAGCUCUUGCACACAUAGUCAAAUACUUUGGCUGGUCUUGGGUGGGAGCUGUGAACAGUGACAAUGACUAUGGAAACAAUGGAAUGGCCAUAUUUCUUAAAACGGCCCAAGAAGAGGGGAUUUGUGUGGAGUACUCUGUAAAAUUCUACCGAACAGAGCCUGAAAAACUCCAGAAAGUGGUAGACACUAUGAAAAGAAGCACCACAAAAGUGGUUGUUGCAUUUCUUUCCCGUGUUGAGAUGGUUAAUCUACUUGAGCAAUUAAGUAUACAAAACAUUACAGGCCUCCAAGUAAUUGGUGUGGAAGCAUGGACAACUGCAAAGAGUUUGAUCACACCAAACAGUUUUCAUGUUCUGGGAGGGUCACUGGGGUUUGCAGUGAGAAAAAUCAAUACUGAAGGGUUUUCAGAUUAUGUUAUAAAAGCAUUCUGGGACACAGCUUUUCCAUGCUCACAGACUGAGGGGAAUUCUCCUCAAGACAAUUUAAAUUGCAGCAGAUAUAAGGAUCUACUUGUGCUGAAAAAUUACAAUGAAGAUGUGUCUGAGCAAAGGUAUGCAAGCAAUGUCUACAAAGCAGUUUAUGCUGUGGCUCAUUCACUACAUAGUCUACUCAAAUGCAAAGAACAUGAAGGUUGUGAGAAAAGUCUGAAAAUACAACCACAGCAGGUGGUUGAAGCUCUGAAAAAUGUAAAUUUCACUGUAAAGUUUGGUGAUCAUGUGUGGUUUGACAGCACUGGUGCCACAGUAGCUCAAUAUGAAGUUGUGAACUGGCAGCAGGACUCAGAUGGAUCAAUCCAUUUUAAACCAGUGGGAUACUAUGAUGCAUCAUUGCCCCCUGGUCAGCGCUUUGUAGUUAACACUAAAAACAUAAUCUGGGCUGGAGGACAGCUGGAGAAGCCAAAAUCUGUGUGCAGUGAGAGCUGUCCUCCAGGCACUAGGAAGGCUGCACAGAAAGGAAGACCUGUCUGCUGUUAUGACUGUAUUCCAUGUGCAGAAGGAGAAAUCAGUAACGAGACAGAUUCAAAUAACUGCAAGCAGUGUCCAGGGGAAUACUGGUCUAAUGCUGAGAAAAAUAAAUGUGUGUUAAAAGCUGUAGAGUUUCUGUCAUUCACAGAACUUAUGGGUAUAGUGCUAGUCUUUUUCUCACUGUUUGGAGUAGGAUUAACUGUGCUGGUGGCCAUCUUGUUUUACUGCAAGAAAGACACACCCAUUGUAAAAGCCAACAACUCAGAGCUGAGCUUCCUGCUGCUCUUCUCAUUGACUCUGUGUUUCCUCUGUUCACUUACUUUCAUUGGUCGGCCCACUGAGUGGUCCUGUAUGUUGCGUCACACAGCAUUUGGAAUCACUUUUGUCCUCUGCAUCUCCUGUGUUCUUGGGAAAACAGUAGUGGUGUUAAUGGCCUUCAGGGCUACACUUCCUGGAAGUAAUGUCAUGAAAUGGUUUGGGCCUGCACAACAACGACUCAGUGUUCUUGUCUUUACACUUAUACAGGUUCUUAUCUGUGUACUUUGGCUAACAUUAUCUCCUCCAUUUCCCUACAAAAAUAUGAAAUAUUAUAAGGAAAAUAUAAUUCUUGAGUGCAGUCUGGGUUCUAUUAUUGGUUUCUCUGCUGUACUGGGUUAUAUUGGCCUUCUGGCUGUCUUGUGUUUUAUUUUGGCUUUUCUGGCACGCAAGCUGCCUGAUAAGUUCAAUGAAGCCAAGUUCAUCACAUUCAGUAUGCUCAUAUUCUGUGCUGUAUGGAUCACAUUUAUCCCUUCAUAUGUCAGUUCUCCUGGAAAAUUUACUGUAGCUGUGGAGAUAUUUGCCAUUUUAGCCUCAAGCUUUGGUUUAUUAUUAUGUAUAUUUGUACCAAAAUGUUAUAUCCUUCUGUUCAAGCCUGAACAAAAUACAAAGCAACACAUGAUUGGAAAGAUUCCACAUAAGUCUUAAAAAAAAAAAAAAAAAAAAAAAAAGAUUACAGCCCAGAAAGUUAAAACAAAUUUACAGCGUACGUUUCAGUAGGCUAAUUAUAGUGUACCUAUAAAGUACAUAUGUGUAGGUUAAAGGGAACAAUAUGUAAAGUUUGGUGAACAAAGGGGUAACAAUCAGGGCAAUUACCAAAUUAUUUAUACUGCAAGUAUUUUAGAACUAAGGGGUACUUCUUCUACUAUUAUGAUAGGCAACAAUCUUAUGUUUUGGGGAAAUUUAGUGAAAUCAUACACUGCGUAGCUUUUUGUUAUAAUAGUGUACCAAUACAUAAAAGCUUUUUUUUCUUUUUUCUUUUUUUUUAAUUACGGGGUACAUAUCUGUGCAUUUUUACAGUAAUUUUUUUUUAUAGUAAAAGUAUAGCUGUUUUAGUUUGGGCUUCUAUGUCUCAAGGCAAGUAAAACUAAAACUAUUGCAAAUUUAUUUUUUAAUACUGGGGAAAUAUACUCUUGUUCCAUGUACUUACAGGGUAAGUGGUGCUUGUUACCCUCUUGUUUUAUUAAGUUACAGGGUAAGUGUGACAUUGCGGGCUGUAAAUUAAUGUGGUGUUUGUUACCCUCUUGUUUCAUGUAGUUACAGGGUAAGUACAAUAAAAACAUAAACAAUUUGAUAUCACUGACUCUGAAACCUUUAUUUGAAAAACAACUUAAUUCAAAACAGAUUUACAUCACUUCUUAUUCAUUUAUUCAUUUUUAAAAAUCAACUUUUCAUUUCAAAUACUAAAGUCCUGGCAGAAAGUAGCACAUUUUGUCCCUUUCUUUGUUUCUCUUGCUUGGCUUCUUCUUAAGAAGGAAUCUUAAGAAGGAAUCCUAUGUCUUUUGCUAUUCUGUAUUCUGUAUUAAAAGAAAAUACAGUACACCCAGAAAAUGUUCUCAUAAUUUACUCAUCUUUUCACUUCCAAUCAACUGUCACCAGGGUUUUAGGCACUCCGUGUCAUGCCUAACAACGCCCCUUAGCUGUUAUAAAUUCACUGUAAACCACGGUUUCACAGGGCUUAUUGCUUUU